CUCUCUCUCUCUCUCUCUCUCUCUCUCUCUCUCUCUCUCUCUCUCUCACACACACACACACACAGUCACACUCGCACAUGCACCACAGAGGAUAACAGUUACACAGAACAUUUCCCCUUAGCUAAUUUGAGGAAAAGGACACACUGCUUCUGAAGGAUUUUACUCGCAGUUUUUUCUUAAGAAAAUAGUCUAGUAAAGCAGUGCGGAGGAAUACAACUGAAAACACGAUACAGUUUCAUUUUGUUCCUGGACAUGGUCAACUUGACAACAGCAUGACACCCUCCUGUUUGGAUUCCCUCCUCAGGCCAAAAUCCUGAAAACGAUGGAUGACGACAAGCAGCUGGCCCAGAGGAUCGAAGGAGCAGUCCAGUCGGCCAGCCAGGAGGUGACCAACCUGCGCUCUGAGCUGACGGCCACCAGCCGCAGGCUGGCCGAGCUGGGGGCUGCAGACCGGGAGCGUGACCCCCCAAUAGAGAACCACCACCAACAACACAUCCGCCACCACCACCACCACCACCAUGAUCCCUCUGUACACCAGAGGCAGAAGCAGCCAGCGACCGAUCUCUGUUACAAGAGUGACAUCAAGAGCCUAAUGGACUUCAGCACCCCAGACUCCUCUCUGGACAAAGUUUUGUUGCGGGAGGAGGUGGCCCAGCUCCAGGAGGAGGUGCACCUGCUGAGGCAGAUGAAGGACAUGUUGAGUAAGGACCUGGAGGAGGGCCACGGCGGCUGCUCCGCCGACGUGCUCUCAGCCACCGAGCUCCGCGUGCAGCUGGCCCAGAAGGAGCAGGAGCUAGACCGCGCCAAGGAGGCACUGCAGGCGAUGAAGGCGGACCGGAAGCGCUUGAAGGCGGAGAAAGCAGAUCUGGUCAACCAGAUGCAGCAGCUCUACGCCACACUGGAGAGCCGAGAGGAGCAGCUCCGUGACUUCAUCCGCAACUACGAACAGCACAGAAAAGAGAGUGAGGAUGCGGUGAAAGUGCUGGCUAAGGAGAAGGACCUGUUGGAGAGGGAGAAGUGGGACCUACGGCGGCAGACUAAGGAAUCUACAGAGCACUCCGGCGCCCUACGCUCCCAACUGGACCUGAAGGAGAACAGGAUCAAGGAGCUGGAGGCCGAGCUGGCCAUGAUAAGUAACAGUGUGACACAGAAAAUGGAAUACUGGGUGUUUGAUCGCCCCGUCGACAGGGAGCCUUCCCCUAGGGUCAUGUCGGCGAAACAGUCCUUAGCGACCCUAACUAAGGAUGUGCCCAAGCGCCAGUCUCUAGCCAUGCCCACAGAGGCGGUUGUCAACGGCAACAACCAAGAGUGGGUGAUGCACGCGGACCUGCCCCUCACCGCAGCCAUCCGGCAGAGUCAACAGACCCUCUACCACGUCCACACAGGCCACCCCACAGACAGACAAGUUGCUGCAGUCAGGGUGAGCCCGUGUCACUCCCGCCAGCCCUCAAUAAUCUCAGAUGCCUCGGCCUUGGAGGGCGACCGCUCAUCCACCCCCAGUGAUAUCAACUCCCCCCGCCACCGGACACACUCCCUCUGUAAUUCACUAGAGGAUCUGGAGGACCAGAAGCGUAAGAAGAAGAAAGAGAAGAUGGGCCUGGGCUCUCUGUCACGUGUCUUCGCCCGGGGAAAGCAGCGCAAGUCAAUGGACCCGGGUCUGUUUGACGACUCAGACAGUCUCUCAAGCCCCACCCGCCUCAGUCUCAGCCUAUCGGACGGGGAGGAUCAGCUGGACCGCCUCCAGCAGGUGGAGCUUGCCCGUGGCAUGCCCAUGUCACUGUGGAGGGCGGGCACCGUGCAGGCCUGGCUGGAGGUCGUCAUGGCGAUGCCCAUGUACAUUCGCGCCUGCUCAGAGAAUGUGAAGAGUGGCAAGGUGCUGCUGGGCCUGUCAGAUGAGGACCUGGAGCUGGGGUUAGGGGUCACCAGUUCUAUGCACCGCAGGAAGCUCCGGCUGGCCAUCGAGGACUACAGGGAAGCCGAGAGCGGCAGGGGGCUGUCCAAGGCUGCAGACAUGGACCACCACUGGGUGGCCAAGGCCUGGCUGAGCGACGUAGGGCUGCCACAGUACUCUCAGGCCUUCCACACACACCUGGUGGAUGGGCGCAUGCUCAACUCCCUGACGCGCCGGGACCUUGAGAGGUCCCUCAAUGUCACCAAGAAGGCCCACCAGGUCAGCCUGGUGCUGGGCAUCGAGCUGCUGCACACGCUCCACUUCGAUAAGGAGGCCCUCCAGGCCAGACGGGCUCAGUGUGAGCAUCAGAACCUGGAUCCCGUGGUAUGGACGUGUCAUCGGGUCGUUAAGUGGGUCCGAGACAUUGACCUUAAGGAGUUUGCUGACAGUCUCCAGAACAGUGGAGUUCACGGGGCUGUAAUGGUGCUAGACCCCUCCUUCAACACAGACUCCAUGGCAACGGCAUUGGGUAUACCCGGCAACAAGCACAUGAUUCGCCGCCACCUCACCGAGGAGAUGAAGGUCCUCAUCAGUUCAGCCAGGUCAGGUCUACAGCAAAACCAUGAUAGGCUGGGGACAAUGAGCACCCCGCCAACACCUCUACGCCACGCCUCCCCACCCACACCCUUACGGCACGCCUCCCUGGGCCGGCCCACCAGCUCCACCAACCGCCACACACACCCGGACGACGAAGGCUCCCUCAGGAGACGGGCCGUCAAGCCUCCUUUAGGGUUCAGCCCCAAAGCCCACAGUGGGCGGGACUUGAGUUGUCAUAGCAGCUACGGCUCGCUGCCGAGAGAGGCUUGUGACGAAGCUCCGCCCAGGACAGAGGGGAGUCCAAUCCACAAACACUCGGGUAUCGAGGUCACCAAUGUGUGAGGUCAUCGACGUGUGAGGUCAUCGACAUGCGACAUCUGUGCCUACAGUACGGCACAAGACAAUGCUUUGUGGGAUGCCAGACGAUGUUUACUGUACUUUUUGAAAGAUGGAGCCUUUGUUGGUCAGAAUACACUAUUUUCGAGAGAGAAGGAAUCUUUUUUCCAUUUAUAGACUAAGAACAACUCUUUCCAUCUCUCACUGGUAUUUGUCGAAUAAUCUGACCUUUGUGAGGACACACGUCUAUCCCAUGGAAACAAACUUAAACUGAAUAGGCUUUUAUUUUUGUAUUUGCAUUAUGUGCAAAGGUUUUUUAAACAGGAAAUGGCUCAACGAUUAGUUGGUGUUUAGUAGUUCUUAUUGAGGACGGGCCUGUUUCUCAAAAAGAAGAGCUGAUGAGGAAAUAUGGUCAUGUGUUUGUGUACAGGGUACUUUCCUGAUUCAUUGCAAAUUAACAAAAGAAAACUAUUCAAGUGAGAUUUAAAGCAAAUGUCUUUUUGAUGUUUAAUUCAAACAUGGUGUUACAGAAACUGUCUCAGAUGCCUUGCGAACUGGGACUAUGGACAUUGUCUCAGAUGCCUUGCGAACUGGGACUAUGGACAUUGUCUCAGAUGCCUUGCGAACUGGGACUAUGGACAUUGUCUAAGAUGAAAACUUAAACUUGAAGUUGUAUUAACUGUAUGUUUGAUAGUCUUUUUUCAGUUUGUUAAUAUACACUGUUGUGUCUAAACUAAAAUGAACACUCCCCGUGACAUUUGAUACAUUCAAUAAAACCAUUAACAUGGCA